CGGCGAGCCCUUUUUUGACGGCGCAAAGAAAAGCUCUGCUUUUAUAUGAAAGAUGGCGAACGACUCUCCGGCUAAAAGUCUAGUAGACAUAGACUUGGCUUCAUUGCGGGAUCCAGCUGGGAUAUUUGAAUUGGUGGAGGUAGUUGGAAAUGGCACCUAUGGACAAGUAUACAAGGGACGACAUGUCAAGACUGGACAGCUGGCUGCCAUCAAGGUCAUGGACGUCACAGAGGAUGAAGAGGAGGAAAUUAAAUUGGAGAUUAAUAUGCUGAAGAAGUAUUCCCACCACAGAAACAUAGCUACCUACUAUGGUGCUUUCAUUAAAAAGAGCCCCCCGGGACACGAUGACCAGCUAUGGUUGGUGAUGGAGUUCUGUGGAGCUGGUUCUAUCACCGACUUGGUAAAGAACACCAAGGGGAACCAGCUGAAGGAAGACUGGAUCGCAUACAUCUCCAGAGAGAUCCUCAGAGGUCUGGCUCACUUGCAUGCUCACCACGUUAUCCACCGUGACAUCAAAGGCCAGAACGUCCUGUUGACUGAGAACGCUGAAGUCAAAUUAGUGGACUUUGGCGUGAGUGCCCAGCUGGAUCGGACAGUGGGGAGGAGAAACACCUUCAUCGGGACUCCCUAUUGGAUGGCCCCUGAGGUCAUCGCUUGUGAUGAGAACCCAGACGCUACAUAUGAUUACAGGAGUGAUCUGUGGUCCUGUGGUAUCACCGCUAUUGAAAUGGCUGAAGGAGCGCCACCACUUUGUGACAUGCACCCGAUGCGUGCACUAUUCCUUAUUCCAAGAAACCCUCCUCCUCGGCUCAAGUCUAAAAAAUGGUCCAAAAAGUUUUUCAGUUUCAUCGAGGGCUGUCUGGUGAAGAACUACACGCAGCGACCCCCAACAGAACAGCUGCUGAAGCACCCCUUCAUCCGAGACCAGCCCAACGAGAGGCAAGUCCGCAUCCAGCUCAAAGACCACAUCGACCGUACCAAGAAGAAGAGGGGAGAGAAGGAUGAGACAGAGUACGAGUACAGUGGCAGUGAGGAAGAGGAAGAAGAUCCUCCAGAGCAGGAGGGAGAACCCAGCUCCAUUGUCAACGUGCCAGGUGAGUCAACUCUGCGGCGUGACUUCAUCCGCCUGCAGCAGGAGAACAAGGAGCGUUCAGAGGCGCUCCGCCGCCAGCAGCUUCUCCAGGAGCAGCAGAUGCGAGAGCAGGAGGAGUACAAGCGCCAACUACUGGCCGAGAGGCAGAAACGCAUUGAGCAGCAGAAGGAGCAGAGGAGGCGGCUGGAAGAGCAACAGAGACGUGAACGAGAGAUGAGGAGGCAGCAGGAGCGUGAGCAGCGUCGCCGCGAGCAAGAGGAGAAGAGGCGCAUUGAAGAGAUGGAUCGCAGACGUAAAGAGGAGGAGGAACGCCGGCGGGCCGAGGAUGAGAAGAGAAGGAAUGAUCGUGAACAGGAGUACAUCAGACGUCAGCUGGAAGAGGAGCAGAGACACCUGGAGAUGCUGCAGGAGCAGCUGCUCCGUGAACAGGCCAUGCUGCUGGCAGAUGAACGGUACCGUAAGAACAUUCAGGGCUCCCCUCAGACCGCCCCUCCUCCCAAGCAGCCCCCUCUGCCUCCCCGCUCCUCUGAACCAUUCUCCAAUGGAGGCUCCUCUGAGGCCUCUGCCAUGCACCGACCCAUGGAGCCUCAGGUCCAGUGGUCCCACCUGGCCGCUCUUAAGAGCAGCAACAGCGCCGCCCCCUCUCCUCCUCCUCCUCCGCCCGUGGUCUCUCGCUCCCAGUCAUUCAGCGAGCCCUCCGGCGUGACCUCUAGCUUUGCACAACUCCACCUGCGUUCCCAGGACCCCCACCAUCACCACCACCAUCACCACCCAUCGCCCGCACGCACUGAACCCCAGCCCCAACCUCCCCUCCACCACCCUCAGGCCCAGCCUCGGGCCGAACACCAGGCCAGCAGCGAGGAGGUGCCGCCAAAGGUACCAGUGAGGACUACAUCCAGGUCUCCAGUACUGUCACGCCGAGAGUCCCCUCUGCCAUCACAGCCUGGCAACCAGGGCGGACAGAGGAAUGCUGGCAGUAACGUGGAGCAGCGCCCGCUGUGGGACCGCGUGGAGAAGCUGCAGCCUCGGCCAGGCAGCGGCAGCUCCUCCGGCUCUUCCAACUCCAGCUCCCAAGCCAGUUCUGGGGACCGCUUCAGGCCACGCUCUUCCUCCAAAUCUGAAGGAUCGCCUCUCCAGCGACCUGAAAACGUUCCCAAAAAACAAGAUGAAAAGAACCUCGCCAGGCCUACUCGACCAGCUGACCUGACAGCUCUGGCCAAGGAGCUUCGCGCAGUAGACGACGUGCGGCCUCACCACAAAGUGACCGACUACUCCUCCUCAAGCGAAGAUUCAGGCACCACCGACGAGGAUGACGACGAGGAGGUGGACCAGGAGGCGGGAGAAGAGUCCACCUCAGGAGCUGAGGACUCCAGGGCUGGGCGGCUGAGUAACGGAGAGACAGAGUCCGCUAAGACCAUGCUGGUUGAAGACUCAGAGAGCGACCAAGCCAUUACGCCCUCCAAGGAUGGCACGCUGGUCAUUAGACAGAGCACCGUUGACAUUAAGCGGUUGGUCAAUCUCUCUUCCCCGGCCGGCCCCGGUCAUGGCCACGGCCAGCCCCAACCCCCCACCAGCCACAGCAUCCAAGAGAAAAAUGGCUUUGCCGGCCGCAUACACCACCUACCAGACCUUAUCCAACAGAGCCACCACUCCCCUUCCUCUUCCACAACCAUCCCUUCUUCCUCCUCCUCCUCCUCUUCCUCCUUCCCCUCAUCAUCUAGCCAUGCCAGUCCUGCCAUGUCCCCACAGAACUCCCUGGACAAGCUCACUGCCAUAGAGACCCAGUCAGAAAGCAACUCUAUGUCCAAACACAAGUCUUCCUCUUCCUUCACUCCCUUCAUCGACCCACGCCUUCUCCAGAUCUCUCCAUCUAGUGGCAGCUCCCUCAACAACAUGGCAGGAUUUGGGCAGGAUGGACGGAUGGCAGACCCGCUGAGGGCUGAUCCAUCCCGUAAAGGCUCGGUGGUCAACGUCAACCCGGUCAACACACGCCCACCAAGCGACACGCCAGAGAUUCGCAAGUACAAGAAGAGGUUCAACUCUGAGAUCCUGUGUGCUGCACUCUGGGGAGUGAACCUGCUGGUGGGGACAGAGAGCGGUCUGAUGCUGCUGGACCGGAGUGGUCAGGGCAAGGUCUACCCCCUGAUCAACAGACGACGCAUCCAGCAGAUGGAUGUCUUGGAGGGACUCAAUGUCCUAGUCACCAUAUCAGGAAAGAAGAACAAGCUGCGGGUGUAUUACCUGUCGUGGCUCAGAAACAAGAUUUUGCACAAUGACCCUGAAGUGGAGAAGAAGCAGGGGUGGGUCAAUGUAGGUGACCUGGAGGGCUGCGUCCACUACAAAGUCGUGAAAUAUGAGAGGAUCAAGUUCUUGGUGCUGGCCUUGAAGAACGCUGUGGAGGUGUACGCCUGGGCACCUAAACCCUACCACAAAUUCAUGGCCUUUAAGUCUUUUGGUGACCUGGUGCACAGGCCUCUGCUGGUUGACCUGACUGUGGAGGAAGGUCAGAGGCUAAAGGUCAUCUAUGGAUCCUGCUCAGGCUUCCAUGCUGUGGAUGUGGACUCCGGUGCUGUCUACGACAUCUACCUGCCCACACAUAUCCAGACGAGCAUUCAGUGUCACGCCAUCAUCAUCUUACCCAACACUGACGGCAUCGAGCUGCUGGUGUGUUACGAAGACGAGGGUGUCUACGUCAACACCUACGGACGCAUCACCAAGGACGUGGUGCUGCAGUGGGGAGAAAUGCCAACUUCAGUGGCCUACAUUAGGUCAAACCAGAUCAUGGGCUGGGGUGAAAAGGCCAUAGAGAUCCGCUCAGUGGAGACGGGUCACCUGGACGGUGUCUUCAUGCACAAGAGAGCCCAGAGACUCAAGUUCCUCUGUGAGAGGAAUGACAAGGUCUUCUUCGCCUCUGUGCGCCAGGGAGGAGCCAGCCAGGUGUACUUCAUGACCCUGGGACGCACUUCCCUUAUGAGCUGGUAGUCGUCAUCCCGCCACAACUGGCCAACACGACAACCAUACUUAAGCAGUGACCAACAGAUGACGAUUGUGACUAUGACCAACAACUAUGAAGAAGAAGAAGAAGAGCCCUGAGAACAGCUUCCUAUCGCCUGCUCGGGCAAGCAAACAACAGAUUGGACUGUAAGCAUGAAAAGAAGAGUUAGGCGAGGGACAGGUGUGUGUUUUUUGGGGGCAGGGGGAGGUGCCGUUCUGUUUUGUGUGCAUUGUCACAAAUCAGUGUACUAGUUAACUAUAUUAAGACAACAGAAAAAAAAAAAACCCACGAGCCUCACAAGUUUUUUCUCACCCCGACCCCAUCGCCUGACCUUUUGAGCUGAUCCCCUCCCCCUUCCUCUUCCUCUGCGGGACGUGGGAUCUGUCGCCUGUUGAUGGUAAAUCUUUAUGUGUCAUAGUUAAAAAAACAAAACAAAAACAAACUUUGCAUCAUGUAUGUGUGUGAGUGGAGGGAAACACAAGAAACACUGAGCAUGUGAAUGACUGACCGAGUGUGUUUGUCUGAAGGGACGAUACGAGACUAAACACAGUCAUUGCUGUACUGAAGAAGGCGAUUACUGUAUGUGCCACACUUUGUUGCUGUGUUUAGUCCGGGUCCUGUUCAGGUAAAAUUAACUCUUAUUCCCACUACGGUAGAUUUACGUCAAGCACGUCAUUAAACACUAGUUCUAAUGUCACAGCCACACUUUUCCUCCCAUAAAUAAUGCUUGACUAGUAAAUCUGCAUCUUCACUUUUUUUGCCUUCUUCUCCUUUAAAGUGAAGAUUCUUUAAGGGACCUUCUUGAUAUAUCCAUUAAAUACAGGGUACUGGACAGCUUGUACAUACUAACUACAACCACAUGGGCUUCAGACUCUCCCAGACUCAGCUUUUACGACAUCUCCUCACAUAGGUUGAGGUUGGACAGCCCUGUUAACGACAGCAUGUUGGUGUUAUCAACAAAAUUAGCCCCUGUUUUUUCACACACUGUAUAUUUUGUAUGUGACUCGCUGCACAUAAAUAAAGCAUAAGAGAGCAGGAAGCACCCAUAAAGGGAGAUUACUCAGCUACUCCUCCUGUUAUUUAUCAGCAGCGCUUUCCAGAAGUUUGUGAUGAAGUGUUGCAUUUUGCCUCUCUGGUCAACCGUCUUUUUCUUAAUCCGUGAGUGGUUAUUUAAAAAAAAAGGAUUCUGUUGUUCUACUGGAAAUAUAGAAACACAUCAUCAAAACCAACACAUGGACCCAGAAAUGUGAGGUGCAUUACAGAUAGCUGUUUUUAUGUUUCUCUCUCUCUCUCUCCUCUUUCUUCAGGUGCAUUUUUCCUUUAAUGUCAGUCAUAAGUAGGGCUAGGAUAAACUGUGAAUUAGACAUGCAGAAUUAGCAGGUGGCCGUUAAGGUAGCAUGGAGGCCAGUGGGCAGAAGUGACAGUAAGGGAACGAAAGGCAGCAUGCAUAGAAGCUUUGAAAAUCACACUCCACAGGAAAGGAGGUAACCAGGAUCAGCUGAUGAUCCUCCUGCACAAUUUGAAGCCACAUUUCACACCUAUGAUCAUCCAACUGUGUAUUUUGAAGGAGACUUGAGCCUUAGAGGGGUCUCCAGCAGAAUACAAGUCCUUAAACUCCUCUGUAGGAGGAGUUACAAAGUGAAGAAGGUUGGAUUUUGUGUACUGUAGGAACACGUUAGU